ACUGAGUAGAAUUCUUAGCUGAAUCUUUUUCUUUUAUUUUCCUUAUAUUUAGUUUCUAGAGGGUUUAUCUUUGGAGUCGUACACUGUCAGUAUUGUGCAGUUGCUUGGCCUUAAUAUGGGAUUGAGUUUUGACAGUAUUGACGCCUGCUUUUGUUCAGGAGAUGUUUGCACAAUGUCACCAAAAGCACUGUACUCUCCAGGUGUUAAAGAUUUUAGUACCUGUAGCUUGGAUGAGUUUAAAUAUCUUGCUUCAAGUUCUGACCUUGAAUGUCUUCAUAACAGCCAGCCUGUUACGCCAGUUUACAAACAAACUGCAAAGGCAAAAUGUGGCAAUGGAGUGUUGGAACCAGGUGAACAAUGUGAUUGUGGCACUGUAAAGGUUAGUAGAAAUUUUUUCAAAACCUUUUUAUUUUCUAUAUACUGUAUAAUAGGUGGAAAAGAGGACAAAGACCUUACCAUUUAGAAAA